UACCACUUUCUUUUCUUAUUUCACCAAGUUUUUGCAAUAAAGCUUGGGUUUUUUUUUUUGGGGUGUUUCUGUUUAACUCAGCUCAACUCAACUCAACAACCUCUCUUCUCCGGUUCGGCUCCUGCAAUUCCAACUAUUUACCAUGGCACAACGCCAAUUACGCUGCAAAAUCAACUUUGCGUUAAGGGUUUCUCUUCAAUUUUCAAACUAGAAAGUAAAAGAAGGAUUUUUUUUUUUUCUGGCUCGCUGCUUCUUGGAACUCCGACACAGAUUACUAGAUAUAUAAUGGCUGCGAGCUGGGAUGGAAGUAAUGACCCUGGCAGUCAGUCGGAAGAUAGCCUUCAUUUUGAUAGGUUGCAUAUUGAGCCUCUUUAUGAUGCCUUUGUAUGUCCGCUGACGAAGCAAGUUAUGCGUGAUCCUGUUACUUUAGAAAAUGGACAAACUUUUGAACGUCAAGCAAUUGAAAAAUGGUUCAAGGAAUGCAAGGAGAGUGGACGGAAACUGGUUUGCCCUUUGACUCUGCAGGAGUUAAGAAGCACAGAACUGAAUCCAAGUAUGGCUUUGCGUAACACCAUUGAGGAGUGGACUGCCAGGAAUGAAACUGCACAACUGGAUAUAGCUCGCCGGUCAUUGAAUAUGGGGAGUCCAGAGAACGAAACUCUUCAGGCCUUAAAUUAUAUCCAGCACAUCUGCCAAAGAAGUCGAUCCAAUAAAUACAUGGUCCGGAAUACAGGGCUUAUACCAAUGAUUGUUGACAUGUUGAAGAGUAGCACUCGCAAGGUUCGAUGUAGAGCUCUGGAAACCCUUAGAGUUGUGGUAGAGGAAGAUGAUGAGAAUAAGGAAUUGUUGGCUGAAGGGGAUAUUGUGCGUACUGUAGUGAAAUUCCUUUCACACGAACUUUCUAAAGAAAGAGAGGAGGCUGUCUCCUUGCUUUAUGAGCUUUCAAAAUCUGCAACCCUUUGUGAGAAGAUUGGUUCAAUCAAUGGAGCCAUUCUUAUAUUAGUAGGAAUGACAAGCAGCAAAUCAGAAGAUCUUCACACUGUUGAGAAGGCUGAUAAAACGUUGGAGAAUCUGGAGAAGUGUGAGAAUAAUGUGCGGCAGAUGGCUGAAAAUGGUAGAUUGCAGCCUCUUUUAACCCAGCUUCAUGAAGGGCCACCAGAAACCAAACUCUCCAUGGCUGCAUACCUUGGUGAGCUGGUUUUAAACAAUGAUGUUAAAGUCCUUGUUGCUGGAGCUGUGGGUUCAUCUCUGAUCAAUAUGAUGAAAAGUGGUAAUAUGCAAUCAAGAGAAGCUGCACUGAGGGCACUAAAUCAGAUAUCAUCGUGUGAACAAAGUGCGAAGAUUUUAAUAGAGGCUGGAAUACUUUCUCCUCUUGUCAAUGACCUUUUUGCCGUGGGCCCUAAUCAGCUUCCCACACGAUUAAAGGAGAUCUCUGCUACAAUUCUUGCCAGUGUCGUAAACUCAGGAGAAGACUUCUUUUCCAUUCCAUUUGGACCUGAUCACCAGACUCUGGUCUCAGAGGAUAUAGUUCGUAAUCUGCUCCAUCUUAUAAGUAACACUGGUCCAGCAAUAGAGUGCAAACUUCUCCAAGUUCUUGUUGGACUUACUAUUUCCCAAACUACAGUUCACAGUGUUGUGGCUGCUAUCAAAAGCUCUGGUGCCACCAUUAGUCUAGUUCAGUUCAUUGAGGCACCGCAGAAAGAUCUGCGUGUAGCUUCCAUAAAACUUCUUCAGAAUUUGUCUCCUCAUAUGGGUCAGGAACUAGCGGAUGCAUUACGCGGCUCAGUUGGACAGCUUGGUAGUCUAAUUAGAGUCAUAGCAGAAAAUACAGGAAUCACCGAAGAACAAGCAGCGGCUGUCGGCCUUUUAGCCGAACUACCAGAAAGGGACUUGGGCCUCACAAGACAGCUUCUAGAUGAAGGUGCAUUUGUGAUGGUCAUAUCCAGGGUGAUUGCCAUCAGGCAGGGAGAGAUCAGAGGCACUCGUUUCAUGACUCCAUUUCUCGAAGGGCUUGUAAAGAUUGUUGCGAGGGUUACAUAUGUCUUGGCCGAAGAGGCUGAUGCCAUUGCACUCUGCCGUGAUCACAAUCUCGCUGGGCUCUUCAUUGAUCUGCUUCAGUCCAAUGGACUUGACAAUGUUCAGAUGGUUUCAGCCACAGCUCUGGAGAAUUUAUCCCAAGAAUCGAAAAAUCUAACCAAAUUGCCCGAAAUACCACCACCGGGAUUUUGCGCUUCAAUGUUUUCAUGCUUCAUCAAGCAGCCUGUCAUAACUGGAUUAUGUCGGCUCCACCGAGGGAUGUGUUCUCUAAAAGAAACAUUUUGUCUCUAUGAAGGGCAGGCGGUGCUUAAGUUAGUAGGUCUACUGGACCACACAAAUGUGAAUGUGGUUGAGGCAGCACUUGCAGCAUUGUCUACUUUGAUAGAUGAUGGGGUGGAUAUUGAGCAAGGUGUGGCAAUUUUGUGUGAAGCAGAUGGAGUGAAGCCUAUACUUGAUGUGCUACUUGAGAAAAGAACAGAAACUUUGAGGAGGAGGGCAGUUUGGGCAGUGGAGAGAUUAUUGAGAACAGAUGAUAUAGCCUAUGAAGUUUCUGGGGACCAAAAUGUGAGCACUGCACUUGUGGAUGCUUUCCAGCAUGGGGACUAUCGAACUAGACAGACAGCUGAGCGAGCCCUUAAACAUGUUGAUAAGAUACCAAACUUCUCAGGAAUCUUUCCAAACAUGGCAUAAGACGAACUUGUAGUGUUGUAGAUGCUUCACUGUUCUGUUGGUGAUCACAAAUUUGUAUGUAAUUUUAUCUUUGCCAAGCAGUUUUGGAUUGUAUCUAUGGUUAUCUUCUACUAUUUGUAUGCAUUUAUCCAACUGCAGUUGGGGAUUGUUGUAUACACGUUACCCAUUCUUUUAUGAGGUGUUCAUUUGUUGCUCAUGA